AGCCGACUGAACUGUUCACCAUAGUAGAACGACUUCUAAGAAAAAUAAUCGCUCAUUGUCACACUAUCCAGAAAGAGAGAGAAAGAAAGGAGGUGGUUGCAGUCACAGGCGGGGGUUUCAGUAACGAAACUUGACAGGUGAAGAUUUUAAACACAGUGCCAGUCAAAUAAAAUUUGGAUUUUGACUUGUACUGAUUUGCCAAGAAAACACAAAUGAAAUAUGUCAACUUAAACACUGGAGCAACCAUGCCUUUGCUUGGAUUGGGUACCUUUAAGAUUCGAGGACAAGAUAUUGUUCACGAAGUCUUGAAGACUGCAAUUGAGGCUGGAUACAGAUCUUUUGAUACUGCAUCUGUUUACAAGAAUGAGGUGGAUAUUGGCAGAAGCUUACAGAUAUUGCUUCCUGAGCAUGGAUUGACUAGAGAGGACAUAUUUCUUACAAGCAAAUUAGCCCCAGGUGAUCAAGGAUCUGGUUCUUGCAGAAAAGCCUGCUUACAAUCCAUUGCUCAUCUGCAGUGUUCUUACCUUGACUUAUUUCUCAUCCAUUGGCCUGGAACACGGAAACUGCGUCCAGAAGAUUCUCGCAACAAGCAGAACCGUCUCAACAGCUACAGAGACAUGGAACAGCUAUUGAGAGAAGGCACGGUAAAAGCAAUUGGAGUUUCAAACUUCACUCGAAACCAUCUUGAAGAGUUGCUAGCAGAAACCUCUGUGGUCCCAGCUGUACUUCAGAAUGAGUUUCACCCACAUCUUCAUCAAAAGGAGCUUUUAGAAUGGUGCAAGCUAAAGGGCAUUCAUUUUCAAGCAUACUCUUCUUUGGGAACAUCAGAUUCUCACAAGCUGCUUUCUGACCCAGUUGUGCUAGAGGUUGCAGCAGGCACAAGUCAAACUCCUGCCCAAGUGUUGUUGAGGUGGGCUGUUCAGCAAGAUGUAGGAGUGUUGCCAAAGUCCACGAGCCCUAAGCAUCUCAGAGAGAACUGCGACAUCUUUUCUUUUAAACUUUCUUCAGAUGACAUGCUCAGGUUGUCAAGUAUACAUUCAGGGACGCACUAUUGUUGGAACCCAGAGCUUGUAGCAUAGCUGAUCUUUUGCAAAGAACAUUGAGCUCGAUGCUAACAUUGUUUGCCAAAAGGCAAUUUUCACAAAACCCACACAAGAUUCUGGCAAAACAACAAAGCAGUAAGUAUUUCCACUUCUACAGCAUAUUUUAUUGUAACUGCUUAUGUGCUUGAUAAGAGUAAUAUAGCUUACACUUAUGGAAUUAAACAUAUGGCUUGUAAUCAUCUACAAACAUCUAUAUAUGUAUUAUAACACAGGAUUUUUUCAACUAUUGCUAUAUUUUUAUCUGUGAUAAAUUUGUCUUUUAAAAACAUCUCAAAGGAUUUUGUCAGUCAAUAGUCAUAAACAAAGCUUGGAAAUAAAAUGUUACAAUGGCAGGAACAAUGGCAGGAAAGGGAAAGAGGGAGGGGAGAAAGGGGAAGGGGAGGAAAGCUCUAAGAACCAUUCUUCAAAAAAAAAAAAAAAAAAAAAAAAAAAAAAAAUUGCUUUAUUUGUUUAAUAUUUGUUUAAUUUUUGUUUUAAAAGAGUGAAUCUACAGAGUAGUUCUCCUGCAGCAGCAAGAGCAAAAUUAAAAAUUAAAGAAAAAAAGGGUGCCUAGAAUACAAUAGCAGCAGGACUGUGGCUACAAAAUGUAUAUUCCUACAGCAUUAAGCAAAAAGGGUUAACAAGGCAUGAAAGGGUAUCUGGAAUUUUUCAGGGCAAGAGUUGGGCAAGAGUUGGCAAGGUGUCUACAUUGAUGCUGACUUGUCAUAGUUCACUCAGUGGGGUUUACUUUUGUUUCUUUGUCAUGGUAUAAAAGCUUUAUAUGGCAUCCACUUAUGCAAAAAUGCAUUUUUGACUUGCACAACAAUCUAUGACUGAAUACCUGCUAUGCAUAUCUACAACACAUGCACAAAUGCAUCAUAAAAAAUUUCAUAGGGGACUGAACUAUAAAUAAACUAAUCCACUUAGUAGUUUACGAAUACAUUUUAGGUACCGAAAAAGUGAUAAAUAACUGCUAUAGCUGCAACGAAAACUUGAACCUUGACAAUGUUACAAAUCACCUAGUAAAGCCUCGUGUAUAGUCUUCCUUCCUACUUCCUUCUUUUAAACUAAAUAAUCAUUUUCUCUUUUCUACAUUUAUUUUGUAUAGCUUCAAAUAAUAAAAUUCACAGGAAAAAGUUUAUAUUUCUUAAUGCUGAUAAUAAUACCAAAUAUAAAUUACCAAAUUAUUAAGUCAUGCAAAGGCCAACCAUCAUGCAAAUUUAAAAAAAAAUUAUCCAUUAAACCACAAGCCACAGAUCAUAGGCACAAAUGAAUAACAAUAACUUUGGGAUCAUCAUCAUCCCACUGCCUACUUUACAAAAUAUUUACAAUGUAGUUUAAGCAGACAAUUUUUAAAUGUAUUACUUUAAAAAAAUUAUCUUUACUUAUAUAGCUAUGCAUUUGUCUUGCCUUAAGCAAUACCUACUUUAAAAAAAAAAAAACUGUUUACUUACAUAGCUAUACAUCUGUCUUGUUAUAAACAAUUGCAAAAUUUUGAAAGUUGUAAAACAGUUUAGGCAUGUAAAACCACACUGAGUUUAUUUUUGAUUUUACAAAUGCAUCUCUUCCACCAGUGUUUGUCCUGUGACUUGUGCUCAAACUGCUUAUGUUUUGGCAAAAAGGUGAUCUCCAGAAAUGAAGAUAAAGAGUAAGAGAUUUAAUUGUUAAUAUCUCUACAGAUGUGCACACAUAUGUGAACAUGUACACACUGGUGUACAGUUCAACCACUGUUCUCAGGACCACUAAUAUAAUUGCUUGAGAUCCUAUUUCCCAAUUAGCAAUGUGCUGAAGCUAAAAUUUUAACUGAAAAAUCAACCCAUGUCAACAUUUUAUUCUUUAUCUAUUUUGCUCUUGAUCCAUACGAAAUGUGGCUGACAGCUUAAAACUUGGACAAACCAUAUCAUGCAUUAAUUUGAAAAAUUGAAACAAAUUUUGGAAAAAACCACAUUUUAACAAGAAAGGAAAAAACCCAAACACAUUGCUAUUUAUCAACCUUCGUCAUCUAGUCAAAAAUAAUAUUUUUAAAUGUUUCUUUUUAAAAUUAUCAAGCUGCACAAAACUGCAUCAAAAGGCAAGACCAUACAUGUCAUGCACGUACAGCACAAGUCACAAAUGAGGACAAAACACCAAGCAUACCCUCUCCAGCAACUAGAAUUAAAUACUGCAAUUAACUACACUGUAUGUAGCCACAGCCAGACCAAAGAUGCAGUCUGUAUAUAACUUUAAAACAGUAAUAAAAUAGUAAGUUCUUUUGAGUAAAUUGAGUGUUACUUGAGUAAAUUAAAUUGAGUGUUAUACCAAAUAGGGAAGGGCAUACUUUAUGUUAUAAAAUUAUCAAAUAGUUUUCAGGAGAUUUGUGUCACAUAAGCUUUUGUCAUUUUGUUAUUAACAGUAUGCAGGUGCACUAAAGAAUACAGUGUAUUUAAGAAUUAACAAACAGAGCACAAUAAACUUAAGCUUCUAUGGUUGACUGAUAGUUCAUUUCUGAUCGUUUUUGUGCACUAAGCUUGCAUCCCACAAACAAAAACACACUAAUUAUUCACUUAUUAUUAUAAUUAAACAAAUAAACUAAUGAAUAAACAGAAAGCAACAAAAAUCAAGACAUAAUGCAUUUACAAUUUCUUAUGACUUGAUGCACCCCCCAACUUUCUCAAGUGAGUAAACCUAAAAGUGAGAAACAGUCUCUCUAAUGUAUUUUUCUCUAUUUACAAAGUUUCACAAGAACUAUAAAUGCUCUAUAAGAAGACUAGCUGGGGGAAAAAAUCUUUCUCUCUCUAUAUAUAUUAUGUGGAAGAGUAUUUAUCUUGAAACAAAGUAAAUAUCAAACCUUCUGAUUUAACAUUCAAGUUGACAUUUCCUUUUUCUCUGUACAACGAAUGACAAGGCAAAAAUGUGGUAAUAUAUAAAAAAGCACAACAAAAUACUAGGAAAACAAAACAAAAAAAAAAAAAAAAAAAAA